AUGCACCGCCCUUUAAAGCUGUGUCAUGCACCAUGCCUCUCGCCCUGCCCUGCCCCUGCACAGAUCCGCAAACGCAAGCGGCGGCUGGACGAGGUGUGCCUGGAGCGGCACCCAGAGCACAGCCGCAACGUCAUUCAGUCGUGGAUUGCGCAGGGCAAGGUGCUGGUCAACGACCGCCCUGUGCUCAAGGCAGGCACCCAGGUCCCCGAAUCCGCCACAGUCGUCAUCACCGCCGAGCAGCCCAAGUACGUGUGCCGGGCGGGGCUCAAGCUGGAGGCGGCGCUGCAGCACUGGGGCAUCGCGGUGGAGGGCAAGCGGGCGCUGGACUCAGGCCUGUCCACCGGAGGCUUCACCGACUGCCUGCUGCAGCACGGCGCCGCGGCGGUGGUGGGGGUGGACGUGGGGUACGGCCAGGUGGCGGAGCGUGUGCGCACCGACCCGCGUGUGCGGGUGAUGGAGCGCACCAACCUGCGUGCGCUGAGGCUGCCCGACAUCGGCGGCGCCGCCGUGGACCUGGUCACCCUCGACCUCUCCUUCAUCUCCGUGGCCAAAGUGCUGGACACGGUGUGUGACGUGUUGCGGCCCGACGGCGAGCUGGUGGUGCUCAUCAAGCCGCAGUUUGAGGCGGGCAAGGAGCAGGUGGGCUCUGGCGGCGUGGUGCGGGACCCUGCGGUACAUCGCCAGGUCAUCGACAGGGUGGUGGCCACCUACGAGGCAGCCGGCUUCGCCUGCCAGGGCUGGAAGGAGUCGCCCAUCAAGGGCGCAGCCGCCGGCAACACGGAGUUUCUAUCCUACUUCCGGAGGCUGCCGGGCGGCGCGGCGGCGGCGGCAGACGCGGGAGACUCGGGAGAAGCGGGCAGCGGCGCGAGCGGCGGCGGCACCUGCUGA